CACAGAGUGGCUUUGGAGCGGGAUGUCUGGAUCCGGUGACGAUCGGCGGCUCUCCCCGCCCUGGAACUGUUUUAUUCUUAGCUGUUGUUAACAGUCUGUCUGUUGUUGUUGUUGUUGUUGACUGUUCCACUAUGGAUGGAGUGCUGCUUAGUUAGUGCUUAGUGCUUAGUUAGUCUCCCGCCAUUCUUUCCACUGGACCUCUUUCAAGUUUCAACAUCCAACCCGCGCGUCCUUGCAUUCCCUCUUGCCUCCCUCCCUCCCUCCCUCUUCUACUUCUUCCUCUCCUCCUAACCCCCUACCUUAUUAUCUCUUCCAUCUCACACUCACCCAAUUCCUCUUCUCAAUUGGCAGUAUCAGCAGUACAAUGCCCUUUCCCACUCACCGUUCCUGAAUACCCACGAUCCACGACCCGCAAUUGUGUUCACCGCGCAGGCAGCAAUGGCCGCAAUGGGGAAGAGUCCCGCGACCCGGAAAGAAACCCUCCUCUCGCGCCGCUACAUCGAGGGCCUUAUCGCGGAUGGAAAACAGAUCAUCAUCUUCGACGAUCGUGUCCUGAAAGUCGACGCUUGGAUUCCAUAUCACCCCGGAGGUGAUAAAUCCAUUAGACACAUGGUCGGGAAGGAUGCAACGGAUGAGAUCAAUGCAUUGCACUCCAAGGAAGCGCGUCAACGCAUGCUAUCGUUCCAGAUCGGCCGCAUCCAGGGUCCAUGGUUAAACUUCCUACCUCCGUUCCAGGGCGGGAAGUUCCGUCCCUACACCGAAGAUUGCCCAUCCGACGACGAGAGUUCAGGCCAGGAGAGUUCCGGACAGGAAACGUCACAGCCUCCGUCCCCGAUCUUCGACGCAGUAGAUUCGACUACGUCUCUUCGCCAACGCAAGGCCCCCUCCGCCGAGAUCCCGGGUUCAGCCGCACCGCUGGAGGACGAGUCUAAACCCAAACCGUUCUUUCUCGAUGCGCGCACGCGGGAAGAGAUCGUCUUUGACACUGCCAAAUACCCUUCCCUCGAUGCGGCAAACCAAGACAAAAUUCGGCAACGGUACCGUCUCUUAGACCAGCAGAUCCGGGCAGAGGGUCUGUACGAUUGCCGCUACUUCUCAUACUUCAUCGAAUGUUGUCGGUAUACACUGUUCGCGGGCCUGUCCUACUACUUCCUUCAGCUCGGGUGGUAUGGAACGUCUGGGUUCUUCUUGGGAUGCUUCUGGCACCAGCUUGUCUUUACCGCCCAUGAUGCUGGCCACAUGGGUAUAACGCACAACUUUCACUUCGAUUCAGUGAUUGGUAUUAUUAUCGCCGACUACCUGGGAGGAUUGAGUCUCGGGUGGUGGAAACGGAGCCACAACGUUCAUCAUAUCGUGACCAACGCCCCCGAGCAUGAUCCCGACAUUGAGCAUAUGCCGUUCUUUGCCAUUUCCCACCGGUUCCUCACCAGUCUCCGAAGUACAUACUAUGACCGCGUGAUGACCUUUGACGCUGUAGCGAAGUUCAUGCUGCGCUUCCAGAACUAUCUCUACUACCCGAUUCUACUCUUUGGGCGAUUCAACCUGUACCGGCUGAGCUGGGAAUAUCUCUUCAUGGGCCAAGCACCGAAGAAGGGUCCUGCCUGGUGGCAUCGCUGGUUCGAGAUCGGCGGGCAGGUUUUCUUCUGGUAUUGGUUCGGCUACGGUGUGAUGUACUGCACCAUCCCCGACUGGAAGAGCCGGUUGACCUUCCUCAUGAUCUCUCACAUGGUCACCUCGCCCCUCCACGUGCAGAUCACCCUCUCGCACUUCGCCAUGUCCACGUCCGACAUGGGGGUCACCGAAUCCUUCCCCCAGCGAAUGCUGCGCACCACCAUGGACGUAGACUGCCCGACCUGGCUCGACUGGUUUCACGGCGGCCUGCAAUUCCAGGCCAUCCAUCACCUGUACCCGCGCAUCCCCCGCCACAACCUGCGCCGCACGCAACGGCUGGUCCUGGAUUUCUGUCGCGACACGGGCAUCCCCUACACCAUCUUCACCUUCUACGAUGGCAACAAGGAGGUCAUCGGCAAGCUCGGCGACGUGGCCAAGCAAGUCCGCAUUCUGGAGGAGUGUAGAAAGUCGUGUGCUGAGCAGGGCGUCUUCUCAGAUCAUCACUAGAACCCAAACCCACUGGGAAUAGACGGAUGCUGAGAUUCGGUGGUUACUAAUCCCCCGUGUGGGUUUGUUCUUCGGCGGUAUCGUAUGUAAGCGUAGAACUGCCUUUGUAUAUACUUCAGUCCCCUUGACCCGGACACACAGACACACAUUGUACACUUGGACGCAAGACUUACGUUGACGUUACGGAGCAGUGUUUUCGAUGGUCACUUAUGAAGAAUCUGAUAUUUCUCAUGACAUGAUAUUGUUUAGGCUGGGCUCUUUUGAUCGUCGAUAGAAUGUUGUCAUUUGUGCUGGGAGCACAC